CUAUGCCCCGCCCCCCGGUCGCCGCCCCCCAUCACAGAGACGGAAGCCGGCUGGGUCCGGGAAAGUCCUGGGAGCUCCCGGAGAGCGGAAUGGGCGACUCCAAGGUGAAGGUGGCCGUGCGGAUCCGGCCGGUCAGCAAGCGAGAGCUGGACCUACAUACAAAAUGUGUGGUGGAUGUGGAGAAGGAUCAGGUCAUUCUUUACCCCUCCAACAGCAACUUCUCCAAGGGGGAUGCGAGGAGCCAGCCAAAAGUGUUCGCAUACGAUCACUGCUUCUGGUCUAUGGAUGAAUCUGUUAAAGAGAAGUUUGCAGGACAAGAUGUGGUCUUUCAGUGCCUUGGCGAGAACAUUCUCCAAAAUGCCUUUGAGGGCUAUAACGCCUGCAUAUUUGCCUAUGGCCAGACCGGCUCCGGUAAGUCUUACACCAUGAUGGGCACAGCAGACCAGCCCGGGCUGAUCCCCAGACUAUGCAGUACGCUCUUCGACAGAACGCAGCAAGCCGAGACGGACGAGCUGAGCUUCAAGGUGGAAGUUUCCUACAUGGAAAUAUACAACGAAAAAGUCCGGGACCUCCUGGAUCCCAAAGGAAGCAGAACGUCCCUGAAAGUCCGGGAACACAAGGUCUUGGGUCCGUACGUGGACGGCCUUUCCAAACUGGCUGUCUCCAGUUACAGGGAUAUCGAGUCUCUGAUGUCGGAAGGGAACAAGUCGCGUACUGUAGCAGCAACUAACAUGAAUGAGGAGAGCAGCCGGUCACACGCCGUCUUCAACAUCAUCCUCACACACACCAUCUGCGACAAGCAGUCAGCGACCUCAGGUGAGAAAGUGAGUAAACUGAGUCUGGUGGAUUUAGCCGGCAGCGAGAGGGCGACAAAGACGGGAGCAGCCGGCGAGCGGCUGAAAGAAGGGAGCAACAUUAACAAGUCCCUCACGACCCUGGGCCUGGUCAUUUCCGCCCUGGCAGACCAAGGAGCUGGGAAGAAUAAAAACAAGUUUGUUCCGUAUCGGGACUCUGUGCUGACGUGGCUACUGAAGGACAGUCUGGGCGGGAACAGCAAAACUGCCAUGGUCGCCACAGUCAGCCCUGCAGCUGACAACUACGACGAGACGCUCUCCACACUACGGUACGCUGACCGGGCCAAAAACAUAGUCAACCACGCGGUAGUGAAUGAGGAUCCCAAUGCUCGGAUAAUCCGGGAGCUGCGGGAGGAGGUGGAGAAGCUGAGGGACCAGCUGACACAAGCCGAGUCCAUGAAGGCGCCAGAGCUGAAGGAUCGGUUGCAUGAAUCCGAGAAGCUCAUCCAAGAAAUGACUGUAACGUGGGAGGAGAAGCUACGGAAGACUGAGGAGAUUGCCCAGGAGCGCCAGAAGCAGCUGGAAAGCCUUGGGAUUUCACUCCAGUCUUCAGGGAUAAAAGUCGGGGAUAACAAAUGUUUCUUAGUCAAUUUAAAUGCAGACCCUGCCCUCAACGAGCUCCUGGUUUACUAUCUGAAGGAUCACACGCUGAUAGGCUCAGACGAUUCGCAGGACAUACAGCUGUGCGGGAUGGGCAUCCUCCCUGAACACUGCGUCGUGGAUAUCACGAUGGACGGACAAGUAAUACUGACACCGAUGAAAAACACCAGGACGUUAGUAAAUGGCUCGGCGGUCAUCAGCCCCACGCAGCUGCAGCACGGGGAUCGGAUACUCUGGGGGAAUAAUCACUUUUUCAGGAUAAGCCUGCCAAAGAGAAAGAAGGCGGAGAGCGAGGACGACCAGCGAGGAGCCGCAAUGAGGAACAGCAGCAGCUUCGAGCAGCUGGACGCUGAUGGGGAUACAUCCAGCGAAGUGUCCAGCGAGGUCAACUUCAACUAUGAGUACGCCCAGAUGGAAGUGAUGAUGAAAGCGCUGGGAAAUAACGACCCCAUGCAGUCCAUCCUGCAGAGCCUGGAGCAGCAGCACGAGGAGGAGAAGCGCACAGCGCUAGAACGACAGAGGCUGAUGUACGAGCACGAGCUGGAGCAGCUGCGCAGGAGGCUGUCCCCGGAGAAGCAUCAUUACCGCAGCAUGGACAGGUUCUCCUUCGGCUCUCCUAACGCCCAGCAGCGCAUCAGACAGUGGACGGAAGAGAGGGAGGUGAUGCUGCAUCACAGCCUGAUAAAGCUCCGGGAGCAAAUCGCCAAGGCCAAUCUAUAUGUUCAGGAGGCCAAUUUCAUUGUGGAUGAGAUGGACAAGAAGACAGAGUACAAAGUGACCUUGCAAAUUCCAGCAUCCAGCUUGAAUGCCAACAGGAAGCGGGAUGAGGUGCUCAGCGAGCCAGCCAUCCAGGUGAGGAGGAAAGGGAAAGGCAAGCAGAUCUGGUCUCUGGAGAAACUGGAGAACCGUCUGGUGGACAUACGAGACCUCUACCAGGAGUGGAAAGCUUGUGAUGAGGACAAUCCUGCCAGUCGGGCGUAUUUCCGGCGAGCGGACCCGUUUUAUGAUGAGCAGGAGAAUCACAGCCUCAUCGGGGUAGCGAAUGUCUUCCUGGAAUCGCUGUUCCACGAUGUGAAGCUGCAGUACGCCGUCCCGAUCAUCAACCAGAAGGGCGAGAUUGCAGGUCGUCUCCACGUUGAGGUUGUGCGAGUGAGUGGAGACAUUGGAGAGAGAAUCGCUGGAGGAGAGGACAGUGAUGUCUCCAGUGACAGCAGAACUCAGGAGCACAAGCUGGUCUGCAUGGUUAAAGUCCUACAGGCCACAGGUUUACCCCAGCAUCUCACCAACUUCGUCUUCUGUCACUACACGUUCUAUGACCAGCCGGAGCCGGUCACUGUCCCCCCAGAGGUGGACCCCAAUACCUCCUCCCCGGUCAGCAAGGAGCCCCAGUGUAUGGUUGUGUUUGAUCACUGUAAAGAGUUUGAUGUGAACAUCACUGAAGAUUUCCUGGACUAUCUGGCUGAGGGGGCUUUGGCCAUUGAAGUUUACGGACACAAGCUAAAUGACCCUCGUAAAAAUCCUGCCCUGUGGGACCUCGGGAUAAUACAAGCAAAAACACGCAGUCUACGUGACAGGUGGAGUGAGGUCACCCGGAAAGUGGAGUUGUGGGUGCAGGUCUUGGAAUUGAAUGAAAAUGGAGAUUAUUGUCCUGUGGAAGUCAUCCCAGCAAAAGACCUUCAAACAGGAGGCAUCUUCCAGCUGAGACAGGGUCAGUCUCGGCGUCUUCAGGUGGAGGUCAGGUCUGUGCAGGAUUCCGGGACUCUGCCUCUGAUUGAGGACUCCAUACUGUCCGUGUCUAUUGGCUGUGUAAACAUAGUACAUGUUAAAUCCACCAAGUCUCAUGAUGGGCAUCAGGACAGUGGAGACGAUGUGGACAGCUACCAGGACAGAGACUUGGACAGGCUGAAGAGGAAGUGGCUGAACGCACUGACCAAGCGGCAGGAGUACUUAGACCAGCAGCUGCAGAAACUGGUCAGCAAGCAAGAUAAGACAGAGGAUGAUACGGAUCGCGAGGCACAGCUCCUAGAGAUGAGACUGACGCUAACAGAAGAGAGGAACUCCGUCCUCGUCCCCUCGGCAGGUAGCGGUAUUCCCGGAGCACCGGCAAAUUGGACUCCCUUUCCAGGAAUGGAAACUCAUAUCCCAGUCAUUUUCCUGGAUCUUAAUGCGGAUGAUUUCAGCUCACAGGACAAUCUGGAUGAGCCGGAGGCGGCCGGGUGGGACGCUACGCUAACCGGGGAAGCAGAGGACGAGUUCUUUGAUCUGCAGAUAGUUAAGCAUCACGAGACUGAGGUGAAAGCGGAAGCCUCGUGGGAUUGCACAGUCCACAACUGUCCGCAGCUCAGCAAAGGGUCUUCAGCAGACGAGAGGGUCUUCCUCAUCGUCCGAGUGACCGUACAGCUCAGCCACCCAGCCGAGAUGCAGCUGGUUCUACGCAAGAGAAUAUGUGUGAAUGUCUAUAGCCGCCAGGGAUUCGCUCAGAAUUUCCUAAGGAGAAUGUCUCACCGGAGUAACCUUGCCAGCUGCGGUGUCACCGUGGAAAUCGUUUCCAAUAUUCCGGAAGACUCUCAAGGAGCGGAAGACCGGGAAGCCCUGGCGCGGUUGGCCGCAAAUGUGGAAGAUACUGGUUCAGCAGACUCCGAAGCUUACAUUGAGAAGUAUCUGCGCAGUGUCCUAGCGGUGGAGAACAUCCUCACCUUGGACCGCCUGCGUCAGGAGGUGGCGGUGAAGGAGCAGCUGUCAGGAAAGGGGAAGCUGAGCAGGAAAAGUCUCAGUUCCCCCAACGUUCACAGACUGUCAGGAAGCCGACAGGACCUAGGAGCACAACACAACCUGGCAAAUAACAGGGGCCGAUGGGAAAGUCAGCAGGAUGUGUCCGAAUCUUCACCUCACACUGCCCGCAGCGGGACUUCACCUCGGCCCAGUAUAUCUGCCAAAUCAGCAUACAGCCAUUCUCCGGACCCAGGUCAGGAUAACUCUGCGUCGUCCUUCAUGAGCCCUGUGAAAUCCUUAGUGCCUCAAAUGCCCAAACUCCUUAAAUCUCUGUUUCCUCAACGGGAUGACAAGAGCAGACAGACCCUAAGCCAGCAUGUACCUCAGUCUGUUCCCCGGAUUAUAGUCCAGUCUGCUAGUAUCGAUGACAGUGCCCUCAAGCCCAAACCGGUUAUCCAAAAAGAAGGGACAGGGUUCCAACAACCGGUGAUCGCCCGUUCGCCAACCCAAGAGAAGAAAAAUGAGAGCUCACCUGUUGUGCCUUCCCAGGUAAAAUCUUGCGAAUCUCCGGGACAGGAAACACAGGAGGGACCUCCAAGUCCACUCAGUGAGGCAUCGAGUGGAUACUUUUCCCACAGUGUCUCCACAGCCACACUAUCCGAGGCAUUAAUCACCGGUAUUGAGGUGCCUACAGGUCAAACGCCAAGUCCGACCGCUACUGACAUUUUUCCGGCUCCAGUUCCUCCUUCACAACAGUCUUCUGAUAAAGACCACACAGUCAAGCCUGAAAUCCUGUCUGACCAGAAUCAUCGCACAAGCACAGGGAAAGUUGUGAAUGAGCCGUCUAAAGUGGUUCCAGCUGAAAAUGUAAAUCAAAAAGAUCAUGAUGGCUUAAUCAUUUCUAGCACUGUCCAUUAUACCAAGCCAAGUCUAGAAGUGUCAUCUGUGGAUCCAGUUGGAAGGCUUGAGAACAUUUCUCUUUCAACAAAUGUUGAAGGCCAAGGCACUAGCAGUAUCUCAAAAAGUGCACCUUCACCAGCAAAGCUCACCACAGAUAGCAUGCCAUCUUCCGAGACUCAGGAUGACCACAAAAAUUCAACUGCACUAAGUUUUAAGCCACUUCUGCUGACCGACCAGCUAGACCAGACCAAAGUUGUAGUUUCACCUUUCAAAAUACGGAAGGUAAGGACAUCUGAGCUAAAAUCCUUCACACGCAUGCUUGGAGAAGAACUUGGAGAUAUGCCAACCGUGGGGACAGGAGUAAAGUUAAAAGGAAGUAGAGAACGAUUGGAUGACCAGGUGGAAAGUGGGGAAGACCGGACAGAAGAAGCCUCCGACUCAGAGGAGUCUCAGGAGGUUCCGGAAUGGUUGAAAGAUGGGGAAUAUGUGACAGUUGGGACUAAUAAGAAUGGUAUCGUGAGAUAUGUUGGCCCAGCAGACUUCAAAGAAGGAACGUGGGUUGGUGUGGAACUUGAUGUACCAGCUGGAAAAAAUGAUGGCACAGUUGGCGGCAAACAGUACUUUAGAUGUAACCCGGGCUACGGUGUCUUGGUGAGGCCCAACAGAGUCAAGAAAGCCACCGGUACAGCCCGAAGAAGAAGUGCCGGGUUGCGCUUGCAAGGAGGUGCUGCUACAGAAAACCGGAAGACCGGAAGCCUGACAGGUUCUGCAGGAAAUCUUGCAGUGUUGACUGCCAUGGUAAAACCAGACAGAGCUACAACUAUAAAGGGGGAUGCUCAGAAGAAGGCAGAGAACAGGAAAUCAUGGGCCAACUAAGAACUUUAUAUAUAAUCCUACAAUUUAGCCUAAAGAAGAGUUUCCACGAGGUAGUCAUCUCUGAUGAUCAGUCAUGACAAAGUCUUCUACAUAACUAAUUCCAUGAUGAUGCUUUCAGGUAUGAUAGUUGACCAUGCAUCACUUUUGGGUGGAGAGCCUGUGAUCUCCAUACCAAGUAGGGAGGCGCAACUCUGAUCCAUUGAUGGGUCUCUUAAGCAGGAAUGAGGGUUUGGGAUUAUUCAGAGAUGGUCCCAGACAUGAUCUGCAAAGUCUUUAAAUUGUGAUGUCAUGAUUCCGUCUCUGCUCCUAACUACAGUUUCUAACAAACUAGAAAAACAAUGCAAGACUGGAACUGCUAUCUGUUCUCCUGAAAACCAGCUAAACAUACGCUAAAUCUACAUGUAUAUAUGUGUGUAUGUGUAAAUAUGUUUUAUACAUAUGUCCUUCAUAGGGUAAGAAUCAUUCUGUUUUGUGUACGCUGGAAUCAGACCAAAAUUGCGGUUUGCUACUCACUACAAAUAUCAUGAUCGUGCCAGUGAGCAGCCAGACCAAAGGGAAAGUAUGCAGUGAGCACCAAUGUUUGUAUUGUAGACAUGAACAGACACAUACAUGUGCACGUGUAUAUAACCGGUUUUGUGUAAAUAUACAUGAAUAUAUUUUGGGAACUAUAAUGUGCAAUGAUAAGAAAUAGCAGUCAAGGAAGAUGCUUAAAACAUUAUUAAGUCAUGCUUAAUGAAUAUUGGUAUGAUUAUAAUUUUAUCGGUUUAUAUGUAUAGGCUCUUAUAUUUGGUACACAAUCCAGACUAUAUUAUCCAUCUCUUAUUAGUUGCCUUUUGACUUAAGUAUAAUUUUUUUUCCCUGGUGGCAGCAAAUUAAUCCCACUUCUAACCCCAAUGUGACUGAAAGAACUUGCUGAUUUUAAACAUUUUUUUAGUAGUGUCGCAGCGUACUUACCUUAACGUGACUGAAAGAACGUGCUCAUGUAAAAUUUUUUAUAGUAGUGUCACAGCGUGCAUAGUUAUAAAUGAUCACGUGCACUAUGGGGGGGAG